AUGGCCCACUACUGCGAUGACAACUUCGGGGUGUACUCGCAGCCCGGCCCGGCCCUGACCGCCGCAGCCGCCACUCCGGGCGCACCCCCGGCCGCCGCCGGACCUACCGAGUACGGACCGACCGGGUACGGACCGACCGGGUACGGACCGAUCGAGUACGCCGAGCCGCCGGCCGCCGCCACCAACCCCUACCUGUGGCUCAAUGGACCCGGCGUGGGGUGCCCACCCUCGGCCGCCGCUGCUGCCGCGGCCGCGUACCUGGGCGUCCUGCCCCCGCCGCUGCCGCACCCCGCCGCCGCCGCCGGGCCCUUCCUGCAGCCCCCGACCGCCGAGGCCACCUUCGCCUCUGUGCAGCAGCCCUUCGCACAGUCCCUGGCCGCCGAUGCCGUCACAACCGCCGGGCCCGCGGAGCCGGGCGAACUGGGCUGGCUGCCCAUGGCCAGCGGCGAGGACCUGCUGAACCCGGUGCGGCCGCCCUACUCGUACUCAGCGCUCAUUGCCAUGGCCAUCCAGAGUGCGCCUGAACGCAAGCUCACGCUCCGCCACAUCUACCAGUUCGUGACCGACAGUUUCCCCUUCUACCAGCACAGCAACGCCCGCUGGCAGAACUCCAUCCGCCACAACCUGUCGCUCAACGACUGCUUCAGGAAAGUGCCCCGCGACGAGAAUGAUCCAGGGAAAGGUAAUUACUGGACCCUAGAUCCAAACUGUGACAAAACGUUUGACAAUGGAAACUUCCGUCGGAGGCGAAAGCGCCGGUUUGAGGUCAGCAGCAGCGCCACCCUGGCUGCUGAGACAUCAGAAUUAGAAGGGCUCUCCUCAGGGAUAGGGUCUGCAGGCGGUGAGAAGCCAGAAGCAGACGGUCCCUCCUCUCUGCUGAGGCAUUCACUGUCCCCACAGUCUCCCGAGGGCACCGAGAGUACUGCUUCGUCUCCCGGAGGAUCCAUGCUCACCUCCGCACCUUGCCUCAACACUUUCUUCAGCAGUCUCAGCGACUUGAGUGUCAGCAGCAGUGGAAACACCCAUCAUCCAGCUCUCCCUGAUAGCGGCCACCUAGGAAUCCAGGGGGCCCAGCUGCCCUCCAGCGGCACUUUCGCUCCCACCCAUAUCUCCGAGACCUCGCCAGACGCCUUGCAGCUGAGUAAUGGCACAGGCAAUAGCAGCAGCCAGAGAUCUCCCUAUUAUAGCCCUUUCCCUGACGGCACCAGUGAAGGCCAGAACAGCCCCUUCAGCAGCCCUUUCUACAACUUCAGCAUGAUCAACAGCCUCAUCUACCCCCAGGAGGACUCUGAGGUGUAG